AUGCCUACUAUCGAAGUAAAUACCAAUGUCAAGGUGAAACAUCAUGAUGACUUUGCGAAGUCAUUAUCAGAAUUAUUGUCCAAAUUAUUAAACAAACCAGUUGCCAAUAUGAAUAUAGUAUUAAAUGACGAGGCACCAGUUUAUUUCGGUGCCACGACUGAUCCAGCAUAUAUGGCAAGGCUUUAUUCGAUCGAAGGUUUGAACGUUGAACAUAAUAAAAAAUUAUCAAAAGAAUUGUCAACAUUCUUUGAAAAUGAAUUGGGCGCUCCUAACAAUAGAGGUUAUAUCUAUUUCGUCAAUCCUGGUAGAGAAAAUUGUGGUCAUAUUGGAAUUGUACCUACACCGCUUAAAACCUCUCCUACAAACUCGAGAGGUUUAUUAUCGUAUAUAUCUGCUAUAUAUACGACACCUUGUCCAAUUAUUACUGCACCGAUUCCAAUAGGUAUUGAUGCUGAACCUGUUGUAGUAACAACAGCUCCUAUUACCAAUGUUGUUAUUACAAAUUUUCCUGUUUCAAUUAGUAUUUUUAAAGGUAUUUUACCGACUAACAAUCCCUUUCCAAUAUCUAAAACCUUUUUUAUGUGA